AUGGCUGAGGAGACUCUUUACAGUGAGGAUGAAUGGCUAGUUACGGUAAGAAAUGGCUUUUUAGAGGUCUAUUUUGAGCAGGGUUUGGUCAAUUGUGGCCUUGCUGAAGGCUAUAACGAAUUUCAAUGUUUUAAAUUGGCUGAUGACAGUGACAGAGAUCAAGUUUUGUCGAUAUUUGGGAAGAAAGCGGGCAAUGUGGUUCGAAUGUGGUUCGAACCAGGCUCCGAUGUUUUGCAAGAGGAGUGUGUGCUAGGAGUGAAUUUUGUAAUAUCAAGUUUUCGGGUCUUGCCGACUCUGGGCUGGAUUCUGUCCACUGACAGUGUUUCCGGAGUCCUGCACAUUUUCGAUACGCUAAACAAUCGCUACAAGGGCCAAAUAAGGCUGGAUACGGAGAAGGGCGAUGGAGUUUACGUGAUUGGUGCGCGGGAGUUUAUGGUUUUGGCGCGGAAAUUUGACCAGGACUCGCUUCUUCUCAAAACGUUUCUGAAUACGUAUGUGGUCGACAAAGAGAACCAAAUUUUUUUGACAACAAGCGUCCCGGCAGACCAUCAUCAUUUACAAAACUGCUGGGUGUGCUGCAACAAUGACAGCAACAGCGGAACAACGAUCGGACCAGAGAGCCCAUUUGCACUUGUUUCCAGCGACACCAAAGGUAGCUUAGUGGAGUUUUUUAUCUCUGGAGCUCAGAUUCCAUUCCAGAAACUAACACUUCCAGAAACGGUUUUGUUAUCGCGCCAAAUUUGGUUCUCGGCCCCUUUCAAUGUCGUGCUGGUGCUGCAGACGCCAGAGAACACAAUUCGCAUCUCUGAGUUCGACAUCAUCACGAGCCAAGAGACUCGAACGGCAAUGCUGUGGAACGGUGCCGACUCAUACUACAAAGAAUCAGGAGAAGAAGAGACCCGGAACCAAAAAACAGACGUGCUAUCACAGGUCCACAAACCGUCUUCUUCUUUCUCGUUGCUACAGUUUCUCGGCAAAAUUCCUCUUGCUCAUCGAUCGGUUCUGGUUUUUAUUCCCAAUCUGUCGCCAAACGUUAUUUUGACCUGGCAAAACGAAACUCUAGAAACGUGGCAAUGUCCGUCCGCUGUACUAAAGGUCUCUGCGGCCUCAGCUGCCGCGAAUACUCUACGGGUCGAAUGCCGCGCCAGGGCUUCAAGUGGAGCGACCGAAAUUUUUCACAUUGAGAUUCCAUAG